UUGUUAAAAUUUAGAAUUCUUGAGACUUGAUAAUGGAACUGUUCAGUGUAUGGAUAAAUGACAAUGAUAUCGCUAGAUCCCUAUUAUUGAGACAAAAAUUUGCGUCAAUCAAGAAAAUUAGUUGUAGAAACUGGAUGGAUAAAUGAAGAUAGUGCUAGAAGAAAUAUUUACUGAAAAGUUUGCACAUGUGUUUAACUAAUUCCUCUAUUUCUUCUUCGUUUUUCAUAACUUUGUCCAGCUUUCAAUGUAUCCAGGAAGGCAGCCACAGUAUGGUGUUUUCCACUGUGUGCUAUGGUCAAAUCAACUGGAAAAAUGUUGUAUUACAUUGUGCUUUGCGUAUCGCGACGGUAUUCUUGAUGUACGUUUUUUUACUUUUAAAUUGUAUCAAGAGGGCUUUGCGAUGCAUCUGUCUUGAUAUCAUUCUUGAAGCUAUCAAGGCCAUUAAAACUUUCUUUUAAUAGAACUAUUUUAAAAAUAAGAGUGUAUUCAACAAUGAUCGCGGAUGUUUAAAUACUUCCUUUGUGUUAUUUUUUUUAAUUUAUGCAAAACAAUCUAGGGUAUAUAGCUAGCGUUAAUCUUUCUUUUUAGAUCACAGUUUAAAAAUUUAAGAACUAAGAACGGCGAUAAAAAUGCUUUUUUAAAUCACAUUAUUUUAAAAACUUAAAAACGAAGAACGGUGAUAGAAAAGUUUUUUUAGAUCGCAUUUUAAAAGUUUAAAAACGAAAUGCGGCAAUAGAAAUGCUUUUUUAGAUCGCAUUUUAAAAUUUUAAGAACGAAGAUCGGCAAUAGAAAAGCUUUUUUAGAUCGCAUUUUAAAAGUUUAGGAACAAAAAGCGGCAAUAGAAAUCACGUUGAAACCUUUUUCCAGUACUGUACAAGUACUGAGAUAGCACUGAAAAUCUAUAUUUGAAUAACAGAAUUAAUUUGUUUGAUCAACUGUGUUUACCAAACUUAAAAUAAAACUAUCAGUGUUAUGGAGCAUAAUCUUCCAAAUACUUUGAAGCCGUACUUCCAAAAUGCGGUCUAUUGCACAAGAAAAUUUACCUGGUAUGUUUCUUGAUGAAUUCAAUAGAUGAGGAUAAAAAUUACCAUAUUUCAUUAACAAAAAUAACAAAAAAACAGCGCGUAGAAGCUUAUAAAUUGCUGUAUUUCGUAUUGAAAUAAUGAAAAAAAAAACCUACAAAGCUUAAUAAUUGCCAUAUUUAGUUUUAAAGUAACAAGAAAACGUCCCAUAGAAGCCUAAAAAUUGCAGUAUUUUGUUUUGAAAUGAUAAGAAAACGUCCCAUAAAAGUUUUUAAAUCACCGUUUUAAAGGUAACAGAGUGUAAUGUAACUUUUGCAUAAAAAUAACUUUACACAACAUUGUUUUAGACACUUUUUAUAGAUACUAAUGAAGUCAGGAGUAGAUUUAUUUAAAAUAUUUGGAGACUGAUCAAGAAUGGCACAUCUGCUCAAGACAACCCAAUGUGCUAUAUAAACAAUUCUUCUAUGGGAGAAAAAGAAUUAUGUAAUAUGUUUUCAUAUGAAUGCCAAAUACACCCAGUGACUUCUUUUGAAAACUUAAACAAUUUUCGUAAAAUGGACACCCUAUGUGAUAUUACGAUCAAGGUUGGACCUAAAUGUUUCCGUGCUCACAAAGUUGUGCUUUCUUCCGCAAGCCCAUACUUUCAUGCAAUGUUUACAACAGGACUAAGAGAAGGAUCUGCUGAAGAAGUGGAACUGCACGGUGUUGAUCCAGAUUCUGUUGCAAUUUUGUUAGAUUUUAUUUACACAUCGAAAAUUAAAAUCUUGGAAGAAAACGUACAGCUGUUACUUCCAGCUUCUAAUAUAUUACAGCUUUCUACGGUUCGUGAAGCUUGUUGUAAUUUUCUAAACCACCAAUUAGAUCCUUGUAAUGCUCUUGGCAUUCUUCUCUUUGCAGACACACAUAAUUGUACAAGUUUAGUUGAAGCUGCAGAAUCUUAUGUACUUCAAAACUUUGUUAAUGUUUCUCAAACAGAGGAAUUUUUAACUUUGAGUUCAGACCGUAUGAAAUAUUUACUACAAAGCGAUUGUUUAGUAGCUGAUAAGGAAGCUAGUGUAUACACAGCACUAGUAAAAUGGAUUCGUCAUGAUAUUACAGGACGUAGCCAGUUUUUAUCAGACCUGUUAGGCUGCAUUAGAUUACCAUUAUUGACAAGAGAUUUUCUCAUGCUAACCGUAGAGGCAGAGGAAUUAAUAAAAUCUAACCCCAUGUGCAAAGACCUUCUAAUUGAAGCCAUGAAAUAUCAUUUAAUGCCUGAAAUGAGACGAUACCUACAAACAAUUCGCACCUUGCCACGUACUGGCAGAAAAAAAGACACCAUGAUCUAUGCUUUAGGUGGACAGAAUUUAUUUUCUAUUCACUAUGAAUGUGAAAGGUUUAUUGUCAAAAAUGAUUCUUGGGAGGUCAUACCGUCUAUGGCAAUACGUAGAGCUCGUUUAGGAAUUGGUGUAAUUUACAAUGAUCUUUAUGCUGUUGGUGGUUUUAGUGGUACGCAAGAUUUAAACUCAGUUGAAGUUUAUAAUACUGAAACAAAAGUCUGGUCUAAUGGGCAGCAAAUGGGUACCAGUCGAAGUUGUUUAGGUGUAACUGUAUUGCAUAAUUUAUUGUACGCAAUUGGUGGUUUUGACGGUUCGUUUUGUUUAAGCAGUGUGGAACGGUACGAUCCCCUUUCAAAUCAAUGGACGUCGGUUGCAAAAAUGAAUUCCAAAAGGCGUUACGUAUCAGUCAGUGUGUUAGACGAGCAUAUCAUAGCAGCGGGUGGAUAUGAUGGUAAUAAACAUCUAAAUUCCUGUGAAGUUUACGACCCUGUGUCAAAUGUCUGGACAACACGCUCGCCAAUGACCACCCAACGGAGUAGUGCCGGUGGUUGUGUACUGAAUGGGUAUUUUUAUGUAUCAGGUGGAACUGAUGGCUCAGUCAUUGUGACCUCUGUGGAGAGGUACAACAUGCAAACUGACCAAUGGACAACUGUGCGGCCAAUGAGUAGCGUAAGAAUGACUCACUCUAUGGUUGUCAUAAACAACAAACUUUUGGCCAUUGGUGGAAAUGAUGGCACAACAAGUUUGAAUAGUAUGGAAGAGUAUGACCCAGAUAAGGAUGUUUGGGUUUUAUGUUCACCAAUGAACACAAGACGCAGUCAUAUCGCAGCAGCUGUGUUAAUGGCGUAGAAUGUCAUUUGUGUUUUUUGCUAUAACGAAGAUAAUACUUUAUCAGUAUGAAAUGUAAUAUGUUGAAAUUUCAUCUAGUAAGAUUUUACCAGGUUUCUUGGACGUUAUGAUGGAGUUAAAAUAUUCUUUACAAUGAGAGUUUCGAAUUUUAAAAUUGUUUUGUGUAAUUUUUUUCAUUUUAUUUAAUGUCAACGUAAAAAAGAUCUACCUAAUUUUUACAUGUGUGUUGAAAAAAUUUUUCAACUUAAUUUUUCUGUUAUUCUAGGCGAAUGCAACAAAGUAUUCAUCUUCAAAAUUCUGUUUUCUAAAUUUGACAGAUGGACAUAAAGUCAAUUAAAAAAAAAUGACUUUUCCAUAAAAGGAGAAAACGUUAGAAUGUUUUUAGUUAUAGAAAAUGGUGGGAUAAUAUUAUUUUUUUUUGUUUUGGAUAAUUUAAAUAUUUGGUUUUACAACAAGAUAGAUUUUAUGUUUACCCUUUUUUAAUCUUAUAGCAAGGUUAUAAAUUCCCAAGGGGUUAUUUAUGUUUUUAUCAGAAGAAAUAUUUUUAUAUUUAUAUACUUUUAAGUCUGUUUUUUUUUGUCUGUGUAGAAUUAGAUACCUUCACCACUCAAAAGGUAUCUACUGUGUAGAUACCUUUUGAGUGGUGAAAGCUACAUGUCUAACAUCCUUACUUUAAUUUUAUCAACCUAGUGUUUCAAGGGAACAAAAUAAACAGAAAUACUUUUUGUGAAAGUCCUUUGUUCAGUAAGCUUAAUGAGUGUAAUCCAACAUAUUUUUGCUCAAGCCUUCCUACUUUGGGGUUGACAUUAUAUUUUUUUCCUAUGUACUAACAUUUUUUCAUUUUUUGUUGUUGGCAACAUACACAAAUAUGAAACUGUGUGUACUACUUGAAACAAUUUGGUUAAGACACAGUGUUUUGGUUUAGAAUUUAAAAAGCGUUAUAAGUUUUGCUUGAGACAAAAGAAACAUCUUUUCAUUAAUCAACUACAACAAAAAAACACACAAAGUUAUUUAAAAUUAUAUUAUGACCAUUGUGGAGAGUUACUUUUUAUGUAAAAAGGAAACAGUAAAAUAUUAUUUCCACGCAAUGAAAAAGAAAGCAAAUUCAGAAGACAAAAUAUGUGAAAUGUAUAGAAUUAGUGUACAUAAAAUAAUAAUUAUGUAGGUUUAAACAUGAUGUGCAUGUAGAAAUAAUAAUGUACAUAACGACAUAUUCUUAAUACAUUUUUUGCGUAAAUUUGAUCAUUUUUGUUUGUACAUGCGUAUGUACAGCGAUUUGUUAACCCCUGCCACAAUUAGACUGGGUGCAUAAACAUUUUAAAUAAUAUAAAUAUUUCUUGUUCUAAAAACUUAUUAAAUGUUCAGGACAGGUACUUAUAUUAAUUGAGCACUAUUUUCAGCACUGGUUUUUAUCAAAAAAUUUAAAAGAGAACUAAUUUAAUAUUUAAGCAUAGCUUUAUGUUUUUUCAAGGCUCCUGUCUUGAUACUAAAAUAAAGGGGAAAAGGAUGUUUUUUUUUACUCAUAAUUUGAAUAAGGAUUUCUUAUACCAUAUCUGUUUAUUUAAAAAAAAUGUUUUCUAAGGAUGGGGUCUUAUUUAGACAAGAUGUUUACUUAAUAAGCACUGGACACUAAAUUGGUCAUUAAAGCUAUCUCUGUUUUUUAAGUUGUGUAUUGUGCAUAAUAUCACUGAAACUCACGGAAAUAUUUGGAUUGUUUUGAAAAAGCUUGUGUGUCACUCAACUUUCCAGCUUGAAUCCAAACAAUGAUUAAGAUUAAAAUAACGCUUACGGUAACAGGUUAACAUAACUGGCCAAUGUAGGACCUUAAAUGCUCAAGAAAUCUUUUAACCUGGCUGCUUUAGCAUUUAGCCUUAAACCUGACUGCUAAUAAGCUAAGUUCAGCUAAUAACACUUCAGUGAGAGACUGGUUGUAGCAAUAUGUUGUUAAUUUUGCUAGUAUUUCUAUGUGUGUGAGUUUUGUGUGUUUGCUUAUCAUAAAUGUGAUUGUGUUCGGCAUAAGUCAAUGCUGAUUUUGUAAAAAAAAUAUUUAAUAAGAAGAUAUAAGAUGUAGAGAUAUAUUGAGUAAAUAAAAAUGCAAUAAAGUGUAUAUACCAAUGGA